AUGCCCUUUCCUCCCAAACUCACGCCUCUCCAAUCGAGGUUCGUUGCUUCGCUGGCAGCAUCUCUCGUUUUACUCGCGGUAUACCUGUUCCUGAGCAAACCACACUUCGCAUAUGCCGCCGAGCUUGGUCCUCGGAUACCGCCCGAAGAUCACAAUCACUACCUGAUAUAUGACGAGGGAGAAAGUGACAUCUUUGGUGAAGGAGCGCAGGGGCAAGAGGCAGUCAAGAUAGUAUCACGAGCGGAGGCUGGGGUGUCAGCAUUGGCCAACAAUGCCCCCCAGAACAGUAACAUCAACGUCGGUGAAACCCAACACUGGGUCAUGCCAAAGGAUGUUAUCGACGGACCGGGAGGUACCACCGGGCCUGGACUGCCAUCCGACAAAUUGGAGACGCGGGAAUUAGAUGAAGAAGUAGGUGGGCUCAAAAAGCGACAAGACGGGAAAAGAGUUUAUAUUACACUCAAUACGUGCUUGCAACCUUCUCCCAACACCACCGACGGCGAUGCAAGCAACUCAACUCCACCGCAGCUGCAGAUGUACAUCUCUUUGUCUCAGUCCAACCAGAAGCCCGGUCCAGAGUCUGGGAAUACUGUCGAGGUGGACGGAGGAUAUGCCAUAUACGAGGUGGAUGCUGACAACGAUGUGUUUGUCGGGGUGUCUGCACCUAACACGACACAGUUUGCUGGCAUCUGGAACUACGAGAUAGCUGCUUCGGUCGAUGCUCCUUUCCACGGCUCCAAGUCCAAUGUGACGAACCUCCACUUUGUUGAUAGCGACAACCAUGCAGCACUGCUCAUCACCAAUGACACCACCCAAGCCCAGCCAAAUGAGACGGUAUACCAGGACUGGAUGAAUCUCAGUCCUCCGUGGGGAGUGUUUGCUGCCAACCACAAUGAUACGGCUAUCCUCGGAGUCAAAAACUCUUUCUGCGGCUUGAAGAACACGGCCCGAUUAGCGGCGAACGUGCCGGGAAUUGAGAGUCAGAACGUUGCCAAAAUGACCAACCGAGGUCUUGGAGGGAAACCGAAGGAGCAGUUCUACAUCACGGGACUCAACGCCACGUCUCAAUACUGGGGCUUUCUCGUCAUGAAUGGCAACUCGACGGCAUCUGGGAAUGGCGUCGUCGGAGGCGGAGGCACAGUCUGGCAAGCCAUCGACUUCCAGACUAAAACCGAGGACAACUGCGCCUUGAUGUACAAUCUCUCCUUCUGUUCCGAAGUCGCCUACGCCGUUCCCACCAACCCACACAAGUUCGACCCUACAACGGGCUUGCCCGGAUUGGCCGCGUUGUACGAUUCCCACGCGGCCCAGAUGUACCAAUACUUCAACUACUCCCUUCAGCAGAUACCAUGCAACACCACCUCGAGCGCUCAGUACUCACUAGCCCGGAACUGCGACGACUGCGCCCGGGCCUACAAACAGUGGCUCUGCGCCGUCACCAUUCCUCGUUGCGCCGACUUAUCUGACAACCAUUCGUGGCUCAAACCGCGCAAUCUCGGCCAACCUUUUGUCAACGGCUCGAGCAUCUCUGCUUCUCAAUUGCACGUUGAGCAAGCGCUCCUCAACUCCGUGGCGACCAAUUCAUCACGGAAUCCAUUGAUCGACGAGUCGAUUCAACCGGGCCCGUACAAGGAAGUGCUUCCAUGUAAGGACUUGUGUUAUGACCUGGUUCAGAGUUGUCCGGCGAGUCUUGGGUUUGCUUGUCCCCUGGAGGGUGCGGGACUUGAGGACAGCUAUGGUAGCCGGAGUAAUGACUCGGGUGUCAUCAGUUGCAGUUAUCUCGGAGCGGCCUACUAUCUGAGCGGGGCCGAGACCAUGGAGGCUGUUGCCAUGAAGAAGGUUGGACUGCUAGUAUUUGCCGUUGUAUUAAUGAAUCUCCUCUAA